CAUUAGCCACCCAUCAGAAAAUAGACCGCAACCCUCGAAUUCACCCUCUCCCUCCCACAAAAAUUACACCCGAAACCACCCCUAUCAAUCCGCUUCCGCCAGCGAUUGCCCCCAAAGCUUGAGCUCCCUCGAGGAACGUGUUUCCAAAUUUUCUUAUCCGAAUUUCAAAAUCCCUCCAAAACCUUCACCCAUUUAAUCGCUAUAUAAAUCACCCGAUCAUCACUUCACUGAUCGCUAUUGAAAGAACAAAAAAUGAAAGCCUCCCUAAAAUUUCGUGAAGAGCAAAACCCUCUUUUUAGAGCCAAAGUGCCACUAAGCAUCAUAGGUUUACCAUUCCAAUCAGGGAUUAUAGCCGGUGAAUCCAAAGAACUUUCUUUAAAUCUCUCUACUUUUUUUGAAUCAGGCCCCUCCUUCAAAUUCUCUUACCGUCCUAAUGACACCUGGAACCCCUUCUCUCUCGUUAUCAAAACCGGAACCGGCCCUUUCGGUUCUCCGGUCUCAAGCUCCAUGAUUAUGAGUGCUGAAUUCAAUUUGUUGGGUAAAGGUAGUAAUAAUAAUAAUUUGAACCCUAGCUUCAUGCUUCACUUCAAGCCUCAAUUUGGGGACUUUUCUAUUAAGAAGUCGCAGUCGUCCAGUCAUGUCAGUCACGUUACGAGGUCGAUUCAGAACGGUGGCGUUUCGUCUGAUGAUGAUGGAUCGGUUGAGGUCGUCGAGCCUGCGUCUCCGAAUACGACUCCGGCUGUGGCUAAUGGCAUGUUUUAUGGGAAGAGGAUUGCUGUUUUGCCUCCUGUGACGGCGAGUGCGGUUGCGGGGGUUUUUUCUGGUCUCGAAGUGGCAGCAAGGACGAAGUUGCCCGUGAGGAGCAGGGCUGUGGUGAAUUUCCGGUGGGGAGUUCGGGUCCCGGCUGAGAUCAAGAGUGGUAGUGGUGAAUCAACGGCUGGGAUUAAUUUCAGGAAGAUACCGUUUCUGGUGAUGAACAAGGUUGGGAUUGAACACGUGGAUGACGGAGAUGGGAGGAGUAAGAAAGAGGGGACCACUGGGAAGGUGGGGAUGGAGUUUGGGAAUUCUGACGUGGCAGAGGCGUGUUUGGGUGUGAAAAGGCAAUUAGAGAUACUUCAAAGCGAGAAUGGGCAUCUGAAGAAAGCUGUGGAGGGAUUGAGGGAGGAAAUUGGUGGAGGGAAAUUGUUAAUUGGGGAAUUGAAUUCUGGGAAACUUGAGAGAAAUGGAAUUAAAAGUGGGAGUAGUGGUUAUAAAAUUGAAAGGAGAAACAAUGAGAAGAAAUCAGUAGAAGGAGAUGUUAACGAGGAGUUGAAGAAGGCGUUGAAGGGAGCUACCAGUGGUGUUGGUGCUUGAAUUUGUUGAAAUUACUGGUGAAACUUUAAUUUGGUUAUGUUAAGAUAAGUAAUCGAAACUCAUUUCGCUUUGGAAUAGUGGUUUCUUUUUUGUUUGGAGUAUUAUUAUUAUAUAUCAAUUUUGUAAAGGUUUGUUUAGGGUUUUAUGAACUAUGUUGUUUUGUGGGUUUCGGUUAUUUGUUUGGUUUAGUAAUGCAAGAUAAAGAUGUAAAUUGGUUAAUAUUAAUGGGUUAGCAUUGAUUUGGAUA